ACGACGUCGCUCCGCACACAAGCAAAAUCCAACAUGGAGGACAUCGUCGCUGUUGAAAAGAGCCCGGUAAAUGACGAGAUGCCAGCAGUUUUGAACUCCAGACCGCAGACAGGUCUGUCCUUCUUGGCACCAGAACCAGAAGACCUUGAGGAUCUGUACAGCAGGUACAAGAAGCUGCAGCAGGAGCUGGAGUUUCUGGAGGUGCAGGAGGAAUACAUUAAAGACGAGCAGAAGAACCUUAAGAAAGAGUUCCUCCACGCGCAGGAGGAAGUGAAGAGGAUACAGAGCAUCCCGCUCGUCAUUGGCCAGUUCCUGGAAGCCGUGGACCAGAACACGGCCAUUGUUGGUUCCACUACCGGGUCUAACUACUAUGUGCGCAUCCUGAGCACCAUCGACCGAGAGCUGCUCAAGCCCAACGCCUCGGUGGCGCUGCACAAGCACAGCAAUGCCCUCGUCGACGUGCUGCCCCCCGAGGCCGACAGCAGCAUCAUGAUGCUGACGUCAGAUCAAAAACCCGAUGUGAUGUACGCUGACAUCGGAGGCAUGGACAUUCAGAAGCAGGAAGUCAGGGAAGCCGUGGAGCUUCCACUCACGCAUUUUGAGCUCUACAAGCAGAUUGGCAUUGACCCGCCCAGGGGAGUCCUCAUGUAUGGGCCUCCAGGUUGUGGAAAGACCAUGUUGGCCAAGGCUGUGGCUCACCACACUACAGCGGCAUUCAUCCGCGUGGUGGGCUCCGAGUUUGUGCAGAAAUACCUGGGCGAAGGCCCUCGUAUGGUGCGCGACGUCUUCCGCCUGGCCAAAGAAAACGCCCCUGCCAUCAUCUUCAUCGACGAGAUCGACGCCAUCGCCACAAAGCGCUUUGAUGCACAGACUGGAGCCGACAGAGAAGUGCAGAGAAUAUUGCUGGAGCUGCUUAAUCAGAUGGACGGUUUCGACCAGAACGUCAACGUCAAGGUGAUCAUGGCCACCAACAGAGCGGACACGCUGGACCCGGCCCUGUUACGUCCCGGCCGUCUGGACCGAAAGAUUGAAUUCCCGCUGCCCGACCGCAGGCAGAAACGUCUCAUUUUCUCCACCAUAACCAGCAAAAUGAACCUCUCUGAGGAGGUGGACCUGGAGGACUACGUGGCCCGACCAGACAAGAUCUCCGGAGCUGACAUCAACUCCAUCUGCCAGGAGGCGGGAAUGUUGGCUGUGCGGGAGAACCGCUACAUCGUCCUGGCCAAAGACUUUGAAAAAGCUUACAAGACUGUCAUCAAAAAGGACGAGCAGGAGCACGAGUUCUACAAAUAGAAAUCAAGGACAACACAAGUUCAUCAAAUUAUGUCUGUACUAACUUGUAGUCUUGGACUAAACGUGUAUUUAGUAGCCUCACGUGUCUCAAAAGUCCUCUACCUUGUGAUGGAGUGUUGUUAUUUUUUGUACAGGCACUGUGAUGACACCUAAAAAUCAGGCCACAGCUGUAUCUAUGAGCACUCAUGUAUACGACUUGACUUUAAAAUCCAUUAAAAGUCUUUUCCAUGAAA